AUGGAACGACAAAACUCACUAUUUGCCGGUGCUAGCGAAGUUGGCAACAAGGCAAACUACUGGGUGGCCCAAAUAUUAGAGGUUCGCGCCUCGGACGUGUUUCACGUAUAUGCCCGCGUGUAUUGGAUGUACUGGCCGGAAGAGCUGCCUGUGGGUACCCUGGAUGGCAAGAGAAAAAUCGCUGGUCGUCAGCCAUAUCAUGGACAACAUGAGCUGGUCGCUUCCAAUCACAUGGACAUUAUCAACGUGGAGAGUGUGGUAAUGGGCGUCAACGUCAAACAGUGGAUCGAAACGAACGAUGGUGACGUACAGGAGACUUUGUAUUGGAGACAGGCAUUCAACUACAAGACGUCGGAGCUAUCGUCAGUCGUCGUCGUCUGCAAGUGUAGGACUCCCUCUAAUCCUGACAAAAUGUUGGUGGGCUGCCCCAACGAGUCGUGCGAGGAGUGGAUGCAUUACGAUUGCCUCCUCGACGAUGUCCUCGCUCGGAUGUACGAUCGACUGGGGAUGGAUAUGCCCCACAAGUCGGAAAAGCCGGCCAUCAAGGAGGAGACGAAGGAGGAUACAAAAGAUGAGCCAAAGGGAGGGACUAUGGGAGACCUGCGUUACGGCUUGUUGAGCCCCCUAGUCAAGAGUGAUGACAGAAAGUCGCCGAUGGUCGCCAAUAGCGAGAUAAAGGAUCAAGUGCUCGUGAAGCAGCUGGGUGAUGAAUCGUUGAAGGGCCUUAGAAACUCCACCACCGGCACCACCAAAUCCCUCGCAUAG